AUGCAUACAUCAGUAGUUUGGUGUGGGGUAGUGGCAAUAACGAUCGCCCUGGUGAGGGCCGGCGAGAUAGCGCCCAUAAAUACGAGUUUGGAGAUGGAGGUGGAAAGAGAGUUUGCGGCCAUAUAUCCUCGAGCGUCAUUGACGAAUUUCCAAAUAUUCACAGGCAGCCUAGGCAACGCUGCCGCCGAGCCCAUAACAGCAUCAGGCGAGGAGGGUCGUCCUUUUAGUGUCAACGGCGAGACCUUCAACCAGCUCCAAGAUGCCGCGAAGCGAUCCUGCAGCAGUCAGAAGACAGCCUGCGCUGCGAUUGCAAAUGGACCCGGCGGCGGCGGCGGUGGGGGUGGGAAGAAUACACCCCCGGGUGCGGUUACAGUUAAUGCCUGCGAUCAGCAGAAUACGGCCUGUGUUGCUGCGACUAAAGGGAUGGCGGAUAUGGCAUUGAAAAGUCAAGAGGGGGGAAAUUUGAUCUUCUGUGAUUCUUAG